AUGGGAGGCAGAGUCAGCCAAGCAAUCCUCCGAAGAAGUGAAGGCAACAAUCACAGCUUCCCCUCCAGCCAUCACUGAUACCCACAAUGCAUAGAGACCGACACCAAAAUAGAAAUCUGCUCAGGUAACAUGGCGAUCCUCGCCGCCUUGGACUAAACACAUCGCCCGCUGGCCGGAUCGCACCUGGACGGAUAAGGAGCGCUGCGGACUGUCCACCUGCGGGGCGGGAUCAGACCCGGGGCCGGUGUAUGUCCAGGGACACGGGGCAGCACAAGCAUGGCAGCAUCGGAGCUCUACACAAAGCGUGCACGGGUGUGGAUCCCUGAUCCUGAAGAAGUUUGGAUAUCUGCCGAAAUACAGAAGGAUUAUAAACCAGGGGAUACAGUUCUUCAUCUGCGUCCUGAGGAAGGAGCGGAUUUGGAAUAUCGUCUGGAUGGCAAGAAAAAGGAGCUGCCACCGCUAAGAAAUCCAGAUAUCCUUGUCGGUGAAAAUGACCUUACUGCACUCAGUUACCUCCAUGAGCCGGCCGUCCUGCACAAUCUAAAAGUGCGCUUUAUAGACUCCAAACUAAUAUAUACCUACUGCGGCAUAGUUCUUGUAGCGAUAAACCCUUAUGAACAGUUGCCUAUCUAUGGCGCCGAUAUCAUCAAUGCCUACAGUGGGCAGAACAUGGGGGAUAUGGAUCCCCAUAUAUUUGCAGUGGCAGAAGAAGCAUACAAACAAAUGGCCAGGGAUGAGAGGAACCAGUCCAUCAUCGUGAGUGGGGAAUCCGGUGCAGGGAAGACUGUUUCUGCUAAGUAUGCCAUGAGAUACUUUGCCACAGUCAGUGGCUCUGAGAGUGAAGCAAACAUUGAAGAGAAAGUGUUGGCUUCUAACCCAAUUAUGGAGGCCAUAGGAAAUGCAAAGACAACUAGAAAUGAUAACAGUAGUCGCUUUGGAAAGUACAUAGAAAUUGGAUUUGAUAAGAGGUUCCGGAUUGUCGGUGCUCAUAUGAGGACAUAUCUACUGGAGAAAUCACGGGUGGUGUUUCAAGCAGAGGAGGAGAGAAAUUAUCAUAUAUUUUAUCAGCUGUGUGCAUCGGCUUCAUUACCGGAAUUCAACAUUCUUAAACUGGGGAGUGCCAACAGUUUCCAUUACACAAAGCAAGGCAGAAGCCCAGUGAUUGACGGAGUUGAUGAUGCGAAAGAACUAAGAAACACUCGGCAUGCCUGUGCACUAUUAGGCAUUGGUGACCAGUACCAGUUGGGAAUCUUUCGAAUUUUAGCUUCUAUACUUCACUUGGGAAAUGUGGAAAUUAAAUCUCGAGAUUCAGACAGUUGUUUAAUCCCUCCAAAACAUGAACCUCUUAUUAUAUUUUGUGAUCUAAUGGGAGUGGAGUUUGAGGAGAUGUCACACUGGCUCUGCCAUCGAAAGCUUGUAACAGCCGCCGAGACCUUUAUCAAACCAAUCUCUCGACUGCAAGCAACCAAUGCUAGAGAUGCCCUAUCGAAACACAUCUAUGCGAACCUCUUUAACUGGAUUGUAUGUCAUGUCAACAAAGCCCUGCUGUCAUCUGCCAAACAGAAUUCAUUCAUUGGAGUCCUUGAUAUCUACGGGUUUGAAACAUUUGAGAUAAACAGCUUUGAGCAGUUCUGUAUCAACUAUGCCAAUGAGAAGUUGCAGCAGCAGUUUAAUCUGCAUGUUUUUAAGUUAGAACAAGAAGAGUACAUGAAAGAACAAAUCCCAUGGACCUUAAUUGACUUUUAUGACAACCAGCCCUGCAUCAAUCUCAUAGAAGCCAAAAUGGGUAUCCUGGACCUACUUGAUGAAGAAUGUAAGAUGCCCAAAGGUUCGGAUAACACUUGGGCCCAGAAAUUAUACAAUACCCACCUCAAGACCUGCUCUUUGUUUGAAAAACCACGUUUGUCUAACGUAGCUUUUAUUAUCAAGCACUUUGCAGAUAAGGUUGAAUAUCAGUGUGAAGGCUUUCUUGAAAAGAACAAAGAUACAGUGUUUGAAGAGCAAGUUAAAGUAUUGAAAGCUAGUAAGUUUAAAUUGCUGACUGAACUGUUCCAAGAUGAUGGGCGGGCCACAAGCCCUGCAUCAGUAACGCCCGCAGGACGCACUCUGUUAUCUCGAACAGGCCUGCGCAAACCAAAGCCUGACCAAACAAGCAAGGAGCAUAAGAAAACGGUUGGCCAUCAGUUUAGGAAUUCUCUGCACCUGCUGAUGGAGACACUGAAUGCCACAACCCCACAUUAUGUGCGCUGCAUCAAGCCAAAUGACUUCAAGUAUCCAUUUACGUUUGACUCUAAACGGGCAGUUCAGCAGCUGCGGGCUUGCGGUGUAUUAGAAACCAUACGGAUUAGUGCUACUGGAUUCCCCUCCAGGUGGACGUACCAAGAAUUUUUCAGCCGAUACAGGGUUCUGAUGAAACAGAAAGACAUCCUUAGUGACCGAAGACAAACCUGCAAGAAUGUUCUGGAGAAUCUCAUUUUGGACCAAGACAAAUACCAGUUUGGUAAGACAAAGAUUUUUUUCCGUGCUGGACAAGUGGCCUAUCUGGAGAAAAUAAGAGCAGACAAGUUAAGGAUGGCCUGCAUUCGAAUCCAGAAAACAAUUCGUGGCUGGCUAUUGAGGAAGAAAUAUUUGAGAAUGAGAAAGGCAGCUAUAAACAUUCAAAGAUAUGUCAGAGGCUACCAGGCAAGAUGCCUUGCCCAGUUCCUACGCAGAACCAGAGCAGCAAUUAUCAUACAGAAGUUCCAGAGGAUGUAUGUGGUCCGGAAAAGAUAUCAUCAUAUACAGUCAGUUACACUUUCUCUUCAGACUUACCUCCGGGGUUACGCAGCCAGGAAAAGGUUCCAAGAGCUGCUCAGGAUACACAAGGCUACCAUCAUUCAGAAGCAUGUCCGUGGCUGGCUAGCUCGGGUGUCUUACAAGAGGAGCAUGCAAGCCAUUGUCUACCUUCAAUGCUGCUACCGCAGGAUGAUGGCCAGGAGGGAGCUGAAGAAACUGAAAAUCGAGGCACGCUCUGUCGAACACUACAAAAAACUCAACUUUGGCAUGGAGAACAAAAUCAUGCAACUGCAGCGUAAAGUUGAUGAGCAGACCAAGGAGAACAAAUCCUUGCUGGAGAGACUGACCCACCUAGAGAUCACCUCCAACACGGAGAAAGAUAAGUUGCGUCAUGAUGUGGACCGCCUUAAACAGUUUGAAGAAGAGGCAAAAAAUUCUUCUAACCGGUUGAUUACUCUGCAAGAUGAACUUGCCCGGCUUAGGAAGGAGUUGCAGCAGACACAGACUGAAAAAAAGACAAUUGAAGAAAAUGCAAAUAAAUACAGGACGGAAACUGAGAAGCUGGUUUCUGAGCUGAAAGAGCAGAAUGCACUAUUGAAAACAGAGAAGGACAGGCUGAACAUCCUAAUCCAAGAGCAGGCUAAGAAGAUGACAGAGGAUAUGGAGAAAAAACUAUUGCAAGAAACAAAGGAACUGGAGCUUGAGCUGAAUGAUGAAAGGUCGAGGUAUCAGAAUCUGCUUACCGAGUUCAGUCGUUUGGAGGAGCGAUAUGAUGACUUAAGGGAGGAAAUGAGCAUCAUGACCAUUCCAAAACCAGGACGUAAGAGGACUGACUCCACCCACAGCAGCAACGAAUCAGAGUAUACCUUCAGUUCAGAAGUUACAGAAUCAGAAGACCUACCUUUCCGGAUUGAGGAACCAGUUGAUAAGAAGGCUCCUCUGGAUAUGUCCCUAUUCCUCAAGCUGCAGAAACGCGUGAAAGAACUGGAACAUGAAAAACAAAUUUUACAAGAUGACUUGGACAAAAAGGAAGAACAGCUCCACAAAGCCAAAAAUCAGGAGGAGGCAAGGCCACCAAUUCGAGGGACAGAACUAGAAUACGAAUCUCUCAAGCGUCAAGAACUGGAAUCUGAAAACAAGAAGCUGAAAAAUGAGUUAAAUGAGCUCAGGAGAGCUGUCACAGAGAAGGCCUCCCCAGAUUCUGCAGGACGCGGGGGUCCAGUCUAUAGGGUGCUGUUGGAACAGAUGACUUCAGUCAGCGAGGAGCUGGAAGUCAGAAAAGAAGAAGUACUUAUUCUGAGAUCGCAGCUAGUGAGCCAAAUGGAAGCCAUUCCACACAAGGAUGAUAAGAACACAAUGACUGACACAUUGCCCAUCUCUGAGGAUGUUCAGAAGAUGAAAGACCGAAGGGAAAUUGCACAGGCUUAUACAGGAAUGAAAGAAACCAACAGAACCCCACCUCAAGACUUCCAAAUGCUGAAUGAGGACGGAGAGCUCUGGCUGGUGUAUGAAGGGUUAAAACAGGCCAACAGAGUCCUAGAGUCACAACUCCAGUCUCAGAAGAAGAGCUAUGAGAAUGAGUUGGAAAGUCUCAAGGGAGACGUCCAGGGUCUACGGGAAGAAAACAACCGGCAGCAACAACUACUUGCCCAGAACCUACAGCUGCCCCCCGAGGCUCGAAUUGAAGCCAGCUUACAACAUGAGAUCACCCGACUAACCAAUGAGAAUCUGGAUCUAAUGGAGCAACUUGAGAAGCAGGAUAAGACGGUUAGGAAGCUGAAAAAGCAGCUGAAAGUAUUUGCUAAGAAAAUUGGGGAGCUGGAAGUUGGUCAAAUGGAGAAUGUGUCUCCUGGUCAAAUAGUGGAUGAACCUAUUCGUCCACUCAAUAUACCACGUAAGGAGAAAGAUUUCCAAGGAAUGCUGGAUUAUAAGAAGGAGGAUGAACCAAAGCUGAUUAAAAAUCUAAUACUGGAUCUUAAGCCUCGCGGUGUUGCAGUGAACCUUAUUCCAGGAUUGCCAGCGUAUAUUUUGUUUAUGUGUGUGCGCCAUGCCGAUUACCUCAAUGAUGACCAGAAAGUUCGUUCGCUCCUCACAUCAACGAUUAACGGUAUUAAAAAGAACUUGAAGAAAAGAGGAGAUGAUUUUGAGACCGUGUCCUUCUGGCUUUCCAACACCUGUCGAUUCCUCCAUUGCCUGAAGCAGUACAGCGGAGAAGAGGCAUUUAUGAAGCACAACACAUCUAGGCAGAAUGAACAUUGUCUAACAAACUUUGACCUUGCUGAAUAUAGGCAAGUGCUGAGUGACCUGGCCAUCCAGAUAUAUCAGCAGCUUGUCCGAGUGCUGGAAAACUUCUUGCAGCCAAUGAUUGUUUCAGGAAUGCUGGAGCAUGAAACUAUUCAGGGUGUCUCAGGGGUGAAGCCUACUGGUCUGCGGAAGAGGACAUCCAGUAUAGCUGAUGAAGGGACAUAUACAUUGGACUCCAUAGUUAGGCAGCUAAACACUUUCCACUCCAUAUUGUGUCAACAUGGCAUGGAUCCAGAACUCAUCAAGCAAGUGGUGAAGCAGAUGUUCUACAUUAUUGGGGCUGUCACCCUCAACAACCUGCUGCUCCGAAAGGACAUGUGUUCAUGGAGCAAAGGCAUGCAGAUCAGGUACAAUGUAAGCCAGUUAGAGGAAUGGCUGCGGGACAAGAAUCUAAUGAACAGUGGGGCCAAAGAGACCCUGGAACCCUUAAUUCAGGCUGCUCAGUUGCUACAAGUGAAGAAGAAAACCGAUGAAGAUGCAGAGGCUAUCUGCUCUAUGUGCAAUGCUCUGACUACUGCUCAGAUUGUGAAAGUGUUGAAUCUCUAUACUCCUGUAAAUGAGUUUGAAGAAAGGGUACUGGUAUCGUUUAUACGCAACAUUCAGUUGCGUCUAAGGGACCGGAAGGACGCCCCUCAGCUGCUAAUGGAUGCCAAGCACAUCUUUCCUGUCACCUUCCCAUUUAACCCAUCAUCUCUGGCUUUAGAAACAAUUCAGAUCCCCGGUAGUCUCAGCCUAGGUUUCAUCUCUCGCGUGUAGAGAGAGCCACGUUGCCACAUAUCAUUUUGGAUGUGAAUCGCCCUGACAUGUAAGACGCACUGGAGAAGCAUUAUGGAGUCCACCACUGCAUUCUUAGAUAUGACUCGUAUACCUUCUGCAGUUUGUAUAUCAUGUAUAAGAGACUGAUAGAAAGAUGUCAGUUGGUACACAUCCAGUGGAAUUGUCCUUAAAGCCUAUUGUUUGGGUAAUUUGCCUUGCUCCUCAAAACCACAUUCUGGGUCGCCAGUUAUAUUCCCAAAAUAGCCAUUCCCUUCCUGAUAGGAGAUAAACAGAGGUUACAUGUAAUGUAUUUAAAUACAUUUUCUUAGUGUAAUCACAUGAUUCACCAGAAGCUACGCUCUAUUGUGGUAGACUAUAUGGUAACCGGUCAUUUCAUCACUAUAGGUGUAUGAAUAACUGUGUACACUUGUAACAAUAGCCAGACCACAUCAUUAUUUAUUUUACAAGAACAAUUCUAUAAAAGUAUUGGAAGAAACAAAAAGAAAUCAGCUUUAUGUGUAAUGUAGAUGAUGUUCAUUUUGUUAGCACCGUGGUUUACUAUGCAUUGAAAAUGCUGCUGUGUUUUUGUGUUGCUCUAAUGUUACAAUAUCCGUAUUCGGCACUACACAAUAAAAUAUUCAUCUCUUUAUUAUCCAGUAUGUUUACAGUCCAAUGUGAUCUGUUUAUUAGGGUAAGCCACAGAAUAGGCUGGAUUCCUUAUCUGGAAACAAGGAAGAGGCACCUUAAGCACAAACGGAUUACUGAUACAAAUUUCUGUUUUUAAAUAAAAGAAAUAAAAU